AUAACUUUUUUUAAGCUAAAAACAAAACAAAAAACUCCAAAACAUUUCUACAGAAAAACGUUUUUCCAUAGAUGUAAACUCAACAUUUCCGUCAUCUUUUUUUCCGAUACAGAAUAGUAGUAGUACAGGGUUGCUGGAUUCGUCAGUCUUUGGACUUAAUUACUUUGUGAGAAAAAAGGAGCCGGUGUUGAAUGAGAAAAAAAGGGGGGAAGAAAAUGGGAAGAGCACCAUGUUGUAACAAAGGUGAAGUCAAGAAAGGCACUUGGACUCCUGAAGAAGAUAAAUUGCUAGUUGAUUAUAUCACCAACAACGGUCACGGAACGUGGCGUUCUUUCCCUAAACUCGCAGGACUUCAAAGAUGUGGAAAAAGUUGUCGUCUUCGUUGGACAAACUAUCUUCGUCCUGAUAUUAAACGUGGUGCUUUUAGUUUUGAAGAAGAAGAAACAAUCUUUCAUCUGCACGGCUUGUAUGGUAACAAGUGGGCAGCUAUUGCAUCACAGUUACCAGGAAGAACCGACAACGAGAUAAAGAAUUACUGGAACUCUCAUUUACGAAAGCGAAUCUUUAACAAAUGUAGAACCCUGCAAACCAACCCAGCCACCGAUUUAGCAGAGACGAAAGACACGUUACCAACAACUCACCACCGCACACCAGAUUUAAAGAACACCCGAGAGGAGGAGGAGGAGGAGGCUGAUGGUGAAGACAGGUUGUCGAUGGAACCAAUGCUUCUUAGCCCAGCAACUGUCAUAAGUGACAGCAAUAACAUUCUACACGAAUGGGGCACUGGAGAAACAUUUGAGAAGCAUUUGGGUUUUGACAAGGUGGAAAGUGAAAUAUCAAUUUGUCAACCCGUAAAGAUUGAAUUAGAAUCUGUUCUUACAAAGCAGCCAAUACCUCAUCUAGGCGUCACCUCUACUAGUGAAUAUUCUAGCAAUCAUGGUGUCAAGGAGCAUAUCAGAUUAAAGGAAGAAGCAGAAGAGAUAACUAAUGAUUUAGAGUCUGAUGAGAACUCGUGUGAAGAGGGGGAUGCAUCAGAUAUAACAUUGGAUUUGCUGCUCGAUUAUCCCAACGAUGGUGAAUAUUUGCAAUAUGUAUAAGGUGAGUUGUGUUAGAACUCUAGCUUGACAAAAAAUAAUAUGAGUACUAGUAGUGUUCACAUUAGAACUGAGAGCUUAUGUUUGAUCAAACUCAGUUGAUGAAUAAAAUUGUCAAUUCCAAA